GGUGACACUAGGACAAGCACAAUUAGAAAAAUUCAGACGCCAUGGUUGCGACUUCUGUGGCGGCAUACGAUCUUGCACGCAAAUUGUCGACUGAGUAUGACAAACGAAAAAAGGACGAAAAGGAGAUGAACCUCCGAAAGGAUGAGACGGAAGAAAAAAGGAGCAAUGAUGCCAGCGCUGGCAUCAGCCGGAAGGUCACUGAGAUUGACUAUGGCAAGCAUGAGCAAACAGUCAAAGAACUUGACCGGCAAGAGAAGGAGCAAGAAUACGCUCGCAAGAAACGGGAGGCUGAGCAGUGGUGCACGCUGGACCACGAGCAUGGGCCCAACUGCAAGCGCCCGGGAACAAGCUGCUCCCAGGAUCACCAGAAAGAGUGGCAGAUCUACGAGCGGAGCACGGAGGAGAAGAUCGAAGCGGCUGAGCGCUUCCGCCAAGAGGGCAACGAAGCCUACCGAAAGCACAACUAUGGUCUUGCUGCAGUUCAUUACCGCAGGGCUUUGCUGCACUUUGACUACACAUUUGCAGAGACAGAGGAGUUGGAGCGCCAGGUGGAUGCGGUGAAAUUGCCGUGCUUGUUGAACCUGGCAGCCUGUAAGUGUCAGCAGGAAGACUGGGAAGAGGUCUUGACGCAGUGCCGACAAGCGCUUGAGAUAAAUCCUCGCGCUGUGAAGGCCUACUACCGCGCGGGCCUUGCGUACCUGGCUCGCGACCAGUUCGACCUAGCCAAGGACUCACUUCUGAGUGCGCUCGAAAUCGAGCCAAAGAAUCCAGACGUGGCAGCUGCAUUGAAGCAGCUGAAGCAAAAUAUGGAGGACUACAAGUCGCGGACGAGGGACGUCGCCAAAGAGAUGUUCUCUGGCAAGGCAGAAGCUGCAGAAGCUGCCGAGGCCCAAAUGCCAUCGGCAUGGGGCUUUGGACCGGCAUAGCCUAGCACAGAUGGUCCGACCGAGCAUGCCUAGAAAGAAAGCCCAAAUGCCAUCGGCAUGGGGCUUUGGUACCUGAACUGCAACUAUUCUGGGCUGACCUGACGCGCUCGAAAGGCAUGAUACCAAGGACCGCUGGCAUAGCCUAGCACAGAUGGUCCGACCGAGCAUGCCUAGAAAGAAAGUGCUUCCAUAGCCUUUGCCUCCCAAGAAGAUGUGUGUUGCUGGCAAUAAGGCGAAGCGCAGCAUUUGUCGGGACAAGGUGUUGAGGUUGAGUUCCAGAGACUAGACCAGGAGGCAAAGCUAGCACUCGUCAGUUGUCACUGCGCAACUUGUGCGUUCGCAAUGCCUGCUAUUCUUGUCAGCUAGCAGCGCGCGUUGGGCGGUGCAGGCAUGCCGUUGAGGUGUAUGCAAGUGCGCUCAUAGCAUCAUGUCAUUGGUGGCUUGUUUGUCCAGGCCCAAAUGCCAUCGGCAUGGGGCUUUGGUACCUGAACUGCAACUAUUCUGGGCUGACCUGACGCGCUCGAAAGGCAUGAUACCAAGGACCGCUGGCAUAGCCUAGCACAGAUGGUCCGACCGAGCAUGCCUAGAAAGAAAGUGCUUCCAUAGCCUUUGCUUCCCAAGAAGAUGUAUGGUGCUGGCAAUAAGGCGAAGCGCAGCAUUUGUCGGGACAAGGUGUUGAGGUUGAGUUCCAGAGACUAGACCAGGAGGCAAAGCUAGCACUCGUCAGGUGUCACUGCGCAACUUGUGCGUUCGCAAUGCCUGCUAUUCUUGUCAGCUAGCAGCACGUGUUGGGCGGUGCAGGCAUGCCGUUGAGGUGUAUGCAAGUGCGCUCAUAGCAUCAUGUCAUUGGUGGCUUGUUUGUCCAGGCCCAAAUGCCAUCGGCAUGGGGCUUUGGUACCUGAACUGCAACUAUUCUGGGCUGACCUGACGCGCUCGAAAGGCAUGAUACCAAGGACCGCUGGCAUAGCCUAGCACAGAUGGUCCGACCGAGCAUGCCUAGAAAGAAAGUGCUUCCAUAGCCUUUGCCUCCCAAGAAGAUGUGUGUUGCUGGCAAUAAGGCGAAGCGCAGCAUUUGUCGGGACAAGGUGUUGAGGUUGAGUUCCAGAGACUAGACCAGGAGGCAAAGCUAGCACUCGUCAGUUGUCACAGCGCAACUUGUGCGUUCGCAAUGCCUGCUAUUCUUGUCAGCUAGCAGCGCGUGUUGGGCGGUGCAGGCAUGCCGUUGAGGUGUAUGCAAGUGCGCUCAUAGCAUCAGUCAUUGGUGGCUUGUUGGUCCAGGCCCAAAUGCCAUCGGCAUGGGGCUUUGGUACCUGAACUGCAACUAUUCUGGGCUGACCUGACGCGCUCGAAAGGCAUGAUACCAAGGACCGGCAUAGCCUAGCACAGAUGGUCCGACCGAGCAUGCUUAGAAGGAAAGUGCUUCCUUCCAUAGCCUUUGCCUCCCAAGAAGAUGUGUGGUGCUGGCAAUCCGGCGAAGCGCAGCAUUUGUCGGGACAAGGUAUUGGGGGCGAGUUCCAGACACAGGAUCUGUAGGCAAAGCUGGCACUCGUCAAUUGUCACUGCGCAACUUGUGCGUUCGCAAUGCAUGCUAUUCUUGCUAGCAGCGCGGUGCAGGCAUGCCGUUGAGGUGUAUGCAAGUGCUCUCAUAGCAUCAGUCCUUGGUGUCUUGUUGGUCCAGGCCCAAAUGCGAUCGGCAUGGGGCUCUGGUACCUGAACUGCAACUAUUCUGGGCUGACCUGACGCGCUCGAAAGGCAUGAUAUCAAGGACCGCUGGCAUAGCCUAGCACAGAUGGUCCGACCGAGCAUGCCUAGAAAGAAAGUGCUUCCAUAGCCUUUGCCUCCCAAGAAGAUGUGUGGUGCUGGCAAUAAGGCGAAGCGCAGCAUUUGUCGGGACAAGGUGUUGAGGUUGAGUUCCAGAGACUAGACCAGGAGGCAAAGCUAGCACUCGUCAGUUGUCACUGCGCAACUUGUGCGUUCGCAAUGCCUGCUAUUCUUGUCAGCUAGCAGCGCGUGUUGGGACGUGCAGGCUGCAGUGCUCAGAACAUGAGUCCUUGGCGACUUGGUGACUUGCUGGUCUAGGUCCAAAUGACGUCUGCAUGGGGCUUUGGUACCUGAACUGCAACUAUUCUGGGCUGACCUGACGCGCUCGGAAGGCAUGACAUCAAGGACCGCUGGCAUAGCCUAGCACAGAUGGUCCGACCGAGCAUGCCUAGAAAGAAAGUGCUUCCAUGGCCUUUGCCUCCCAAGAAGAUGUGUGGUGCUGGCAAUAAGGCGAAGCGCAGCAUUUGUCGGGACAAGGUGUUGGGGGCGAGUUCCAAGCACAGGAUCUGUAGGCAAAGCUGGCACUCGUCAAUUGUCACUGCGCAACUUGUGCGUUCGCACUGCUAUUCUUGCCAGCUGGCAACGCGUGUUGGGACGUGCAGGCUGCAGUACUCAGAACAUGAGUCCUUGGCGACUUGGUGACUUGCUGGUCUAGGUCCAAAUGACGUCUGCAUGGGGCUUUGGUACCUGAACUGCAACUAUUCUGGGCUGACCUGACGCGCUCGAAAGGCAUGAUACCAAGGACCGCUGGCAUAGCCUAGCACAGAUGGUCCGACCGAGCAUGCCUAGAAAGAAAGUGCUUCCAUAGCCUUUGCUUCCCAAGAAGAUGUAUGGUGCUGGCAAUAAGGCGAAGCGCAGCAUUUGUCGGGACAAGGUGUUGAGGUUGAGUUCCAGAGACUAGACCAGGAGGCAAAACUAGCACUCGUCAGUUGUCACUGCGCAACUUGUGCGUUCGCAAUGCCUGCUAUUCUUGUCAGCUAGCAGCGCGUGUUGGGACGUGCAGGCUGCAGUGCUCAGAACAUGAGUCCUUGCGACUUGGUGACUUGCUGGUCUAGGUCCAAAUGACGUCUGCAUGGGGCUUUGGUACCUGAACUGCAACUAUUCUGGGCUGACCUGACGCGCUCGAAAGGCAUGAUAUCAAGGACCGCUGGCAUAGCCUAGCACAGAUGGUCCGACCGAGCAUGCCUAGAAAGAAAGUGCUUCCAUAGCCUUUGCCUCCCAAGAAGAUGUGUGGUGCUGGCAAUAAGGCGAAGCGCAGCAUUUGUCGGGACAAGGUGUUGGGGGCGAGUUCCAAGCACAGGAUCUGUAGGCAAAGCUGGCACUCGUCAAUUGUCACUGCGCAACUUGUGCGUUCGCACUGCUAUUCUUGCCAGCUGGCAACGCGUGUUGGGACGUGCAGGCUGCAGUACUCAGAACAUGAGUCCUUGGCGACUUGGUGACUUGCUGGUCUAGGUCCAAAUGACGUCUGCAUGGGGCUUUGGUACCUGAACUGCAACUAUUCUGGGCUGACCUGACGCGCUCGAAAGGCAUGAUACCAAGGACCGCUGGCAUAGCCUAGCACAGAUGGUCCGACCGAGCAUGCCUAGAAGGAAAGUGCUUCCAUAGCCUUUGCCUCCCAAGGAGAUGUGUGGUGCUGGC